UGUGGCAACGGACUUCUGGAGGCAGGGGAGGAAUGCGAUUGCGGAGAACUUCCAAACAAUAUUUGUUCUCCAGUGUGUUGCAACGUGGAGACAUGUAAGUUGAAAAAUGGAUCCAUGUGUGCCACUGGAGGUUGCUGUCACUUGCGGGCCUGCAAAAUUAAGUCGAACGGAAGCUUAUGCAGGAGUCCUCAAAAUGAAUGCGACCUGCAAGACCUCUGCGAUGGCCAGAGAGCUGCAUGUUUAGACGCCUUUAAGAAGAAUGGACACAUGUGC